CAGCCUCUGGAGCCGCCAUGCUGCGCGCACAGACCGAGCCAAUCCCACGCCUCUUCUCUCUACAGUAACUCUCUGCUCUGUGGGACAAGGAAACCCACGCACGGUUGCUGUUGUGACGUUCUUCCUUGGCUGGACCUUCUGACAUUUCUCAACUGUGCGAAGAAAAGCGAAAAGACGUUUUAAUGAAUCAGUAUUCGCUCGCCGAGGCCAUGUCGGACAACGUGAGGAUUUUAUAAUUGUCAUCUGAGGAAGAACAUCGCGUCUUGUACCGAGCCACAGAGGAAACUUCACAGUGCCAAAGUUAUCAGAGUCGAACAUGGGCUUUGGCGUGUUGGGAAUCUUUCUGGGACUGCUCCUCGAAGUGUCCACCCAUGGACCGCACGCCGUUCCCCGAUCGUCCUGGAAACACCGAGACAUAGACGUGACGGAGUUCUCUGAGCCCGGUAUCUUCAACUACACCACGCUGCUGCUGAGCGAAGAACGAGAUGCUCUGUAUGUGGGGGCCAGGGAGGCAAUUUUUGAACUCAACAAAAACGACAUAACCAAACGACACAAGAAGGUUGAGUGGACUGUUGAUGAACAAUCUGUGGAAAAAUGUGUCCUCAAAGGAAAAUCUAAAGAGAGAGACUGUUUAAAUUACAUACGAGUGCUUCAGUUUGCUGAUAAGGAUCGGCUUUUUGUCUGUGGCACUUUUGCAUUUACACCUCUGUGUGACUCCUUGAGUUUAGCCGACUUUUCUCUAACCCGUCACCCAGAGGACGGCAGAGGACGAUGCUCUUUUGACCCGUAUCAAAGCUUUACCUCAGUCAUGGUUGAUGGUGACCUUUACACCGGCACAGCUUACAAUUUCUUGGGUAGUGAGCCGAUCAUUUCCAGAUACUCUCCUCCUCAUUCUCUUCUGAGGACAGAGUACUCCACAUCGUGGCUUAACGAGCCUAGUUUUGUGUUUGCUGAUGUGAUCAGGGAGGGGAGAAAAAAGGCUGAUGGUGAGGAUGACAAAAUCUACUACUUCUUCACUGAGGUAUCCGUGGAGUAUGAAUUCUUUGGCAAACUGCUGAUCCCUCGAGUAGCUCGUGUCUGUAAGGGUGAUCUGGGAGGACAGCGCACUCUUCAGAAAAAAUGGACGUCUUUUCUGAAGGCCAAGCUGGUGUGCUCCAUGCCCGAGCUCAACUUUGUCUUCAACGUGGUUCAUGAUGUCUUUAUUUUGAAAGGGGCACACUGGAAGGACACAGUCAUCUAUGGGGUUUUCACCUCACAAUGGGGCAAUGUUGGUUUGUCAGCCGUUUGUGCCUACAAUCUGACUGCCGUAGAAGAUGUUUUCUCUAAAGGCAAAUACAUGCAGAAAGCAACAGUGGAACAUUCACACACAAAAUGGGUUCGGUACAAUGGCGUGACACCCACCCCACGGCCUGGUGCAUGUAUUAACAACGAAAUGCGUCAAGAAAACAUCGAGAGCUCUCUGCAUCUGCCGGACAAGACUCUACAGUUUGUGAAAGACCACCCUCUUCUGGAAGAUCCUGUUCUGCCAAUUGGAAAUGGGCCUCGGCUCAUCACCAAAGACGUGAACUACACUCAGAUCGUUGUGGAUCGUGUGCUUGCACUUGAUGGAAAUAUUUAUGAUGUCAUCUUUACUGGAACAGACAAAGGAAUCCUGCACAAGUCUGUUGUGUAUGAAGGAAAUGUUCAUACAAUAGAAGAAAUCCAGCUACUGAAAAACGCAGAGCCCAUUAAAAACCUACUGCUGUCCACAAAGACACAGUCGAUAUAUGCAGGCUCAGACUCUGGUGUCGUCCAGUGCCCCACAUACAUGUGUGGGAAAUAUUUGUCUUGCACUGACUGUAUUUUGGCUCGAGAUCCUUACUGCAGCUGGGACCCACAGACAGAGAGAUGCAUCAACAGUGCAGUAAAUCAGAAGGGUUUGUUAAUCCAGAAUCUCCGUGGUGAUGCAGACGGAUGCCCUGCAGGACCCUCCCUGAAGAAGCUCCAGCCAAUCCAUAAAAGUGUGAAAGUGGGGAGCUCUGCAGAGCUGCCAUGUGGAGCGUCGUCUAACUUGGCCCAUGUCAUGUGGAAGGCCAAAGGCUCUCCGGUCACAGAUGCAUCUCCCUUUCGCCUGAUCAGUGAUAGUAGACUUCUUAUUUACAGUGUGGGUCCUGAGGAUGAGGGCCACUAUGAGUGCUGGUCAGUGGAAUGGGCCCCUGCUGUAGGGAAGAACUUCAGCCGUCAGCUGGCUGCAUACAACCUCACCCUGGACCUCCCUGCGACCCGGCCUCUUCAUGCAGGUCACGUGACCACUACCCACAGCAGCAAGGAGGCAUCUAGCACAGAGAAUGUGGCAGGUAAUGGUAAGACAGAAAGAGUACCACUAACUUCAGCACUUGUCCCCUCCCAUUUUACAACGUUUUUUACAUCCCCACCCCAAACUGACUCAUCACUAACCCCACCGCCCCGCCGCAGGCUUCAACCCAUUCAGCCAUUCUCACCUAGCUCUUAUCCCUCCCGCGCCGGGAACCAGGAAGCAACAGCAACAUCUUAUUUGCAGCAAGACAACAGCACCGCCCUGCUUCUUCUCUUCCUUUUGUUUUUCCUCCUCUUUUUGGCAGCAAUGGUGUACAACUGUUACAUGCAGUACCUCCCUGCCCCUUGUCUGCGUUUGCGGACUGCACUUAUUGGUAACAACAAAAGCGCUAGUCAGCCUGAAUAUCGAGCAUGUGAGGCAGGGCCGCUGGAGAUGUCAACAACGGACAAAAUGAACUCAGCUGAGCAGCCUAAGCAGAAUGGUAGUCAAUCCGCCACCAAUCUGCGGGCACUGCGGGACACUGGAUAUGAAACUGAACCCGAGUAUGCCAACGGGAAGGUUCACAGUUUUGACGACAGCCCUUCUACGGAGAAACCCUUUGACAUAGAUUCUGACUCUCAGCCUAUUGAGUAUGCUGACGCUGAUGUGGAAAAUCAAAAUUAUUUAUAAAUUGAACAAAAAGACUAUAUUGAGUCCAUAUGAAGUCUCUCUGCUAGUCAAAAAGCCAAAAUGAAGGUAUUGCUUAUUUUUUUAUUGCUUAAGGUAUUUGAGGCUUAUUUGAAGCUCCUGGCUUGUCUGUAGCUUUUCUCUCAAGCAAGCGUAGACUCUGCACAUUCUUGGUCCAGCAGGAAAAGCUAUUUCAUUCCAAAUUGGAAACACAAUUUACCAAAUUGGUAAGUUCACUAGAUGUUUUCCAAAUUGGAGUUUGUUACUUUGUACAGCUUUUGUGAACUAAUGUCAGUGUUAAUGUUUUUUAUUUUGCUACCAAACAGUUACUGCUUUGUUAGUUUGUUUUUUUCUCAGGGAAGAUUUUCACGACAGAGCAAUGAAGGGUUUAUCGAAUAAGCAGAAAUGUCGACCGUUGCCUCCUAAAUAGUUGGAUCCAUUUGAUCUGUUGUACUGCUGUCAUAACAAUUUUUUUUUUUAUCCAGUGAAAUCAAAAAUAACAAAAUGAAAACUUUUUAACCACUGCUGUAUCAUUUUUGUUGUUGUUUAUUAACCAUCUGUGCCACUGUGUACACACUGAUGUUUUACCUGAAAAUGUAACAUGCCCUGGAAACAAUCUGAACUUUUUUGUUUUUACAGUUAUUUGAAUGAAGAUAGACAUGGUUAUUUAAGAUGUCAUAAUUUAAUUUGUAGGCUAGUUGCUUAGAUUUUAUUUAUUAAAAUAGUUUCUAUGAUGUUCAAAACCUAUUUCACAUCCAUGAGUCUGCUCAUGCAUUUUGCAUGUGGCACUAGAUUUCCCAUUUUCCUCAAACCUAUCUCUCUGUCCAUCACUCCUCCUUCACAGCCUCUGUUCCUGUCGACUCUUCGUCCACCCUCUGCACCUCUGAGCGGAGCACUCAUUCAUCCCUUCCCUCAUCCUUCCCUUUCUCUGCCAAAGCCCACACGCUCCAGGCCAAAGAGGCGGAGGUGAGACUGUUGCCUCCUGUGCUGAAGGACCAGGCCUGGGGGGUUCAUGCCCAGGAGGCCUUCAUGCUCUUCUGCCUCGCUCUGGGUGAGUGGUGCCUCUGACAGUGACCCCACUUCUCCUCCUCACAAUCAGAUGCUUGAUGUGAAACUGUCACUUCUACUCCAUUAGUCUCGUUUCCAUUUUUCAUUUCUUUGCAUUUUGCAUGUACCGGAUCCACACUUGAACUAACAACUUGCUUGUUCCAUUACACAACUGGUCUUGCCAUAGUUGCGAAACGUGGCUGAGGUAUGAUGUAAACUUUUAUUCAAGCACAUGAAACUUUUCUAGAUCUUCAUGUUGACUGGACUUUCACUUAGGUUUUUUUUUUUUUUUUGUGACGAACAAAAUGACUGUGCCCACGUUUCAUUCUCUGUAAAAAUGUAAACUUGUGUAUAUAUAGAAAAUACUUUUGAACAUGUACAGAGAUUUAGGCUUUAUAUCUGGUGUCUCUUAAAUGGGGAGAUUGAAUAAAUCUGUGAAAUGUUUUUAAAUCGUGUUUGUUUUUGUUUUGUCUUGUGGCUAAUAGCAUGUGGUAUUAAAGGAAAGAGCUGUGUAUGUUUUCAGAGCACAAUUAUUUACACAAGAUUGUUUUGUAUUGAUGUAGAAUGGCUAAUGGAGCUAGGUAUAAGGCACUGUAAUGCAUGAAGAUUAAACCACGCUUUGCAAAUGUAAAUGGUUGCGGCAAGUUUCAGCCAAAGGCAAGUGCUUAAUUUAAAUUGAUUCCAUUUGUAUUGUACAUGCCAUUGUGUUGAAGG